AUGUCCGGCACUCCGACCGCCACUUGCCCUCUUCACUGCGCCUCCACAACGAGCCAUCCCCUCACCUCCACUAGAGCUGCCGCUCUAAUCUUUGGACCAGAAUUGUACCCAAUCUAUAUCCACUGGCAGACCAAUAUCGAGGACCCCGAGCAAGCAGCGUUUUAUUCUUCCAGACUAGCGUGGAGACAGAUAAUCCGGGCGGCGCGGGAGGAGGAUGUAGGGGGGUUGCCAAGUGUGCAGACUUUCAAGGCCUUCAUGAACACUCGACAGGUUAAGGAGAAGUUGUAUAUGCGGGACUCAGAGGAGUCUCCCAUCGAAGAAGAUAGCAGAGACGAAGAGGAAAGUUUAGGUCUACUUAGCACACGCCUCUGCAAGCAUUCCAUCCACCCCGGCAAUCCUUGCACAGCGAUCGAUGUAUGCCCGGUCUGCCUUAUGUGCCAAUGUCUUGCCUCCCUUGAGCGCAUCGCGAAUGUCUGGCGCCUCGUUGGCGGGCCUUGCAAGUCUCGUAUAUCCGAAGACACAGGAGUAUCACUAAUCGAACCCAACGAACUAACCAUCUACCAUACCACUAGACGGAUAUGGCACGCUGAGAAAGGCCGGUGGGCCAAUUUAGUGAGCAUAUACGAACAGUAUGCAACAGGAGAGAGGUGGUGGGAAGAAGACUCUCGUCAAGACGGCUUUGCGAUACUAGAUUCGGUCAACGGAGCGAGUAGCUGUAUGAAAGCAUUCGGAUUAGCUACGCGCACUCCGUUCCUUGUGGAAGGAUGGAGUGAAAUAUUUGUCCCAAAUGGGCGCCUGGAACAACGCAGUGCAGAGGAUAAGAGAACUAAGCUUCCUUCUUCCUCGCCCGACCCGCUCGGAACGGAACUAGAGAGGCUGCAGUACUUCGCCGGCGCAUCCAAUCGAACCGUAAAGCAAGUCAACCAGACUACACCCGGUCUUAAUGGAGCGAAUACGAUCUCAUCACCUUCCAACAACUCUGACAUGCCACCACGCUCUCCAUCUACCUCUUCAGAUUCGAGCAUCUACAGGCCCUCUCCGCCACCACCUCAAAAGUCACCUCGAGAUCAUCUGCCCUCUCCUUCAAUAUUCGGAGUAUCCUUUCCGGAAGAUCUCCCCUCACCUUCGUCGCGACGAUCAAUUUACUAUCAACGAGCCUCUCCAUUCUACGAAAGAGGCCGACACGCAAGCCCGUUCGGUCGCACAUGGGUCGACACAAGCUUCAUGAGCGAUUCCAAAUAUGGCUCAUCUGGCAUCGAAGAAGAUGAAGAUGAGGAGCUACAUAGGCUAACGGGAGAGCGGGAUGAAAGCUUCGAAGAUGCUAAAGAGAUUGGACACCAGGGUCUAGUGGCCUUCGCGGAUGUUGGUUUGGGUUUGAAAGAUGAGGAAGCAGGACAGGAACAAGAGGAUGACUGGAGUGACUGGAGCCACAACGAUAAUGACGACGAUGAUGACGACGAUCUCAUAGUACAUACAGGCAGGAAUACUGUGAACCAAAAGAGGUUGCCGGAUCAAGUCAUGGGAUCAAGCAUCCGGCGACCAGUAUUCUCGUUCAGCUGGCGGCAGCAUCCAGAAGCGGAAACAAAAGUUGAGACGGAUCACGACGCCGUUGCGGAUGAAUUCGACGACGAAGAGGCGGAGCAGGCGAUGCGGGACAUGGCCUCUGACGCGCUAGGAGCUUGUACCGCCCCAACAAUAAGCACUGAUAUGAAUAUGGCUACCGGCGAAGGAGCCGAGGAUGUGAAUAUGGUAUCGCUGGUCGAGCCGCAAAUCCAAGCGUCACCUCGCCGCAGGAGUCAUGACGACUUCAUCGAAUUUGAAGAGAGUGAGGAAGAAGACCAUGUCAAGAGACAUUGUCACUAG